UUUCAGUUUCCGUAAUGUUCUCAACGCGUUUGGAUGUAAAUUCAUUGGUGCGCUUGAUGUUUAUGGAAAAAUUAUAAACUUGAAUGAGACGGAACAUAUGGUUUUAUGUGCGAGUGAAGAGUACAGUGAAAGCUGAAUUCCGGUGAAGCGCAGAAAAUUGUCCAGAUUUUACAUAAAAUUUGAAUAGUGAUUUAUAUGGAAUAUAUUACGAAAAUAUUAAAAAUUAUUGUGUCUCAAUAGAGAACUAAUUAGGAAAAUUGAAAUAGUAAUUGAGUUUAGAACAGAUGUCUACAGGAAAACCAGAAAUUUCGUGAUUGAAAAAAGCUGUCUGAGAUGCAUCAAACAUGAAUGAAGGUGAGUCAGCAGGAGGGGGGCAUCAACGGGCUAGCCCAGCCCCUCCUGCUGUAUCCGACCAUAGAUCAGUUUUAUCGUCAACAACUUCAACAACAUCGGUGAAUACGACCACCAGUAGCGGUGCAACCAUACCCGCAACUUUAAAAUUUGUCACAUCUGAUUCCUAUCACGCCGUGGCAACAACGUUUGUGAAUACAUCCACUACACCUCGCAGCUUUCAACAAGCGUUUACUCAGCAACAUUUGCAGAAGCAACAACAAGUUUCCACAACAAAAAUAUCAGGAACUAAUAAUCAAAGUACUCAAAACAAAUCGGUACACCAAAAGAAAUUGCAACAUCUGGUGGCGCAGGCGCAUCAAUUGCCUAUGCCGCAAACUACACAAGUAGCGGAAACAAUAAGUACAGCAGCAACUGAUAUCGUUUCGGAAGCACAAAAUCAAUUUGAUAACAAAACUGGUGCGCAGAUCACACAACACGUGUUAACGACGGACACGUCCGGCAGUCUAAUUAAUAAUUUCGUAUCCUCAACGAUUACACCCGGUUCAAUUGCAGAGGCGGGACAGCAAGAUAUACACAGCGGUUCACCGCUGCCCAAGCGACCCAAACUUGGGGGGAGUGUCGGCAGUAGCUUGACUGCUUCGUUGUUGCCAGCAAGUGGGAGUACGCAGGACAACGGCAAUACGGCAUUGUGUGCACCACAGGAUAUAAAUGCGCUCAAGAAGCGCAUUUUGGAGCAAAAGAAUCUCCGUUUGCGAAGUCUUACAGAAAGACACACAGAAAAUGUCGCCGAAUUAUUCUAUUUACAAAGCGGUGGCAACAUGAUGGACUACCCGACGUGGCGUAAGAAACCACCAACCCCGCAGUUCGUCACCUUCAGCAAUGCUUAUCGUCUAGAUCAGUUGGUUAGCGAGGACAGAGCUGCUGUAUUAGUUCAGCAAAAAACUACUGAUAACAUAGCAACAAUAAUUGGUGUUGCCAGCGGCAAUCAAGUGAAUCAGCAGCAACAACAAUCACAGCAAUCACAAAAGCAAACACAAGACUAUUUGGCUGCAAUCACAAAUAAAACGAGUACGCAAUCUCAAAUAGCAACAGAUAUAAGUAGUAGUAGUGGUAGUAACAGCAACAGCAGCUGCAGUGGAGCUUCAUCAGCAGCUACACAGAACGCUGGUAAUUCGCUUACUGCCACGGCAACAACUUCAACGCCAGGCAGUAGUGGCAGUGUUAGUGGUAAUUUAACUUCCACUGAUGCGACUAGCGACGUACUGCCACAAGGUGCUGAAAUCAAAAUUCCCGCCAUAGGUGCAACGCCUGUGGCUGUUUCCACAAAGUUACCAGCAGCUGUUGUACAACUGACCCAACAAGGUCACAUACCCGGUAGACCUUUAGGAGGUCGGCACGGGAUGGUAUUUGGUCAAAUACCCACCCCACCAGCUGUAGGAAAUUCUACCUUACCUUUGGUGCCAGGUGGCACACCGCUUGUACCUGCUAUCGGUGGUGGCAGCGGUUCUCCUACGGUAUUGCGACGUAAUGGUAAUGGCGCCGCGAUUGCGUCAGCUGGCACAGCAGGCAACACUUUGCACAGUAACCCGCCUCCUCCGCUCUAUUCACCAACUCCCAAUGCGGUGUUGGUGCCAGCCUCCGCGAAUGGUAGCAGUGUCACUGCUGCAAGCAGUAGUGGAGGCACUACGGCUUUGGCCGGUGCAUCCGGCAGUAGCUUAAGUACACCGACCAGCGCCGGCAGCAGUGGAGCUGCUACAAACAACGUGCAAGAGUUUUCAUUCAAAGCCAAACAGGAGGUUUAUGUGCUGCAGCGCAUUUCGGAAUUACAACGAGAGGGAUUAUGGACUGAAAAACGUUUGCCAAAACUACAAGAACCCAGCCGUCCGAAGGCACAUUGGGACUAUUUGCUGGAGGAAAUGGUUUGGUUGGCAGCGGAUUUUGCGCAAGAGCGCAAAUGGAAAAAGAAUGCUGCUAAGAAAUGCGCUAAAAUGGUGCAAAAGUAUUUCCAGGAUAAGGCGAAUGCAGCGCAGAAAGCAGAGAAGGCGCAUGAGGCACAUUUAAAGCGGAUAGCUGCCUUUCUCUCCAAGGAGGUUAAAAUGUUUUGGUCGAAUGUGGAGAAAUUGGUUGAAUACAAGCAUCAUACCAAGCUAGAGGAGAAGCGUAAGAAGGCGCUUGAUCAGCAUUUAAGUUUUAUUGUCGAUCAGACAGAGAAAUUCUCACAGCAGCUCGCCGAAGGCAUGAAUAAGAGCGUAAUGGACACAGCUGCUGGUGCUGCUAGUGGAGCGCCUAGCAUGGAAUCAAGCAGAAUAUCAUCGCCCAAACGUGAAAUAACGGGCAACGGGUCUGAUGAUGAUUUCCGUCCAGAAUCUGGUUCAGAGGAUGACGAGGAAACAAUUGCUAAAGCAGAAGAGGAGGCGGCAGAUGUCAAAGAAGAGGUUGCAGCAUUGGAAAAGGAAUCUCGAAUGGAUCUUGAUGAUUUUCUCAAAGACCUGCCAAAAGGUUAUUUGGAAAAUCGCGAUAAAAUUUUACUUGAAGAAGAAGAUGACUCCAAAAUGGCAACCAGUAGUCAAGAAGAUGAUGCAGACGACGCUGAAUUCGAAGCGAAUGAAGAUAGUGAUGACGAUGAGAAUACGAUUAGUAAGCAAGAGGAGGAAGAAACGGGCAUCGAUCAUCAGAAAGAAAUAGAUGACUUAGAAGCGGACAAUGACUUGACGGUCGAACAGUUGCUGGAAAAGUACAAAUCGGGUAAAAUUGAUGAACCAACAGUAACAACGGCGCGAAAAAGUGGUUUAGCGACCCCAGCAAAGAAACGCGCUAAAAUGGUUGAUUCAGACGAUGAUGAAGUGGAUGAAGACACUAGCAGCGAAGGUACGGAGGUGGAAACUGAAAGUGAGUCAGAUGAAGCCACUAUUGUCGAGGCGCCUUCAUCGGACGAGAGCGAAGAAAAUGAGCAAGAAGAUGGACUGAAAAGUCUGCUUGAGGAUACUGAGGGCAACAGCAAGGAUGACAUGAUCAAAGACGCCGCUGCACUUGCCGAAAGCAUACAGCCCAAGGGCAAUACGCUGUCCUCAACGAAUGUGGUCACGCCUGUACCAUUUCUACUUAAACAUACGUUGCGUGAGUACCAGCACAUCGGUUUGGAUUGGCUUGUCACCAUGAAUGAACGUAAAUUGAAUGGCAUACUGGCUGAUGAAAUGGGUUUGGGUAAAACCAUACAAACAAUUGCACUACUGGCGCAUUUGGCAUGCGUCAAAGGUAAUUGGGGUCCACAUCUGAUUGUUGUGCCAUCGUCGGUGAUGCUCAAUUGGGAAAUGGAAUUCAAAAAAUGGUGUCCUGCAUUCAAAAUACUCACAUACUAUGGUACGCAGAAAGAGCGUAAGCUUAAACGCGUAGGCUGGACGAAGCCGAAUGCGUUUCAUGUAUGCAUAACAUCGUACAAAUUGGUGGUACAGGAUCAACAGAGUUUUCGUAGGAAAAAAUGGAAAUAUCUGAUAUUGGAUGAGGCGCAGAAUAUCAAAAAUUUUAAGUCGCAACGCUGGCAAUUGCUGCUGAACUUCUCAACUGAAAGACGUCUCCUGCUCACCGGUACACCGCUUCAAAACGAUUUGAUGGAAUUAUGGUCGUUAAUGCAUUUCCUUAUGCCGUAUGUGUUUUCAUCGCAUCGUGAAUUCAAAGAAUGGUUCUCAAAUCCCAUGACCGGUAUGAUUGAGGGCAAUAUGGAGUAUAAUGAAACGCUCAUAAGUCGACUGCACAAGGUUAUACGACCGUUCUUGCUGCGACGUCUCAAAAAAGAAGUUGAAAAACAAAUGCCGAAGAAGUACGAACAUGUUAUAAUGUGUCGUUUGUCCAAUCGUCAGCGCUAUUUGUACGAUGAUUUUAUGAGCCGCGCAAAGACCAAGGAAACGCUGCAAACGGGAAAUCUUUUGAGCGUCAUCAACGUACUCAUGCAGCUGCGUAAAGUUUGUAAUCAUCCAAAUAUGUUUGAAGUGCGUCCAACAAUAUCGCCAUUUCAAAUGGAGGGCAUAACCUACGAAGCGCCACGAAUUGUGUACGAUUUACUGGAUUACGAACCAUUAAAGCACGUCGAUUUACAUUCGCUUAAUUUAAUUCUUAUUGAUUUGGAGAUCACACUCACCGCUUAUGUAUCGUACAAGUCACGCGUGCUUGAAGCGCCACGUAAGCUCAUUGAGGAAAUCGACAGUGCACCGGCACCACCGCCACACUGCCCGCGUGGGAAAUUUAAAUUCUACAUACGCGUGCGCGACCCGCAAGUUCAGCAGAAUUUAAGUCAACACAAUACGACCUCGGUACGUGUGGGCGCUAGUCCUGCUAUGCGCUCAGAAGGCAGCAAGAUGUUGCCAUUGCGCGAAACGAAUACUGCGAAUAUACGACUUGUAAAGCGUUUGAACAAUAUAAACCCUGUUAACACGUCCAAAAUGCCCGCGUUGUCGAUGGCGCCUUCAACAUCCACAUCAGCCGCCAUAGCUCUGGCUAACAGUGGUGUUGGCAAUAUACGCACCGCCUCAGGCAUAUCAGUCACGCGUGUACAGGUCGCGUCACAAUCGAAUACAAAUUUAACACCACCGCCAGCGAAAAUCGCCAAGCUGAUGCAACAUGGCAAUGGUAAACCGUAUUUUCUGGUUACAUCCUCGGCUGGUAGCAGUUCACUGAGUGACACCAUAUCUGGAAGUAGUUCUUCGGGUAGCCGGCUGACUUUGGUGUGCAAAAGUGGCAUCAGCAACUCGAAUAUGGCUAAUGUAAGCGUUAGUGGUGGCGCAAAAAGCAGCGUUGCUGCUGUUAGCAUAAAGCCGAAACCGGAAAAUUCCAAGCUGUUGUCCACCAUUGCGCAACAGGUAAAAAGUAGCACCGACGAAGUGACAAACGCGGCGAUGGAUGUCGAUGAGUCUGAAACUGCAGCAACCGAAACAUCCGAGUCCGAUCCAAUAUAUAAUAUGCAUGAAAUACUGGAGAAGCGUAAGGAGCAGCGCAUGGCGCGCUUAAAACUGGUGGCAACUGUAAAUAGACGUCGCAUCGAGGGCGUGCCAAUUUAUGGGGACGACUGUCGCGAUGCGUUGGCCAAAUGCAGCAAUCCGAGUCAGACAUUGGAAUACUCUAGUUGGCAAACGCGCAGCUAUACCAACUGCUGUACGGCCAUGAAACGUCGCGAUAGUUGGACACUCAGCAAGAUACUCAAAUCGUAUGAGAAGCGCGUUGAGGAGCUUCGCCAAACCUUCAACAAUUUUGUAAUAUACGUACCAUCGGCGUGUGCGCCGCGUAUACGCUUCUAUGUGCAACAUUUAACAUCGGGACGCUUGCAGCGCGAUCAUGCUAUUGAAAAUAUGGUUACGCAAUAUGUCUCACCAAAGCUUUCAUUGCUGCAUCCUGUCAUCUCAGCGAUGACCACACAAUUUCCGGACCCCCGUCUCAUUCAAUACGAUUGUGGCAAAUUGCAAACGCUCGAUCUGCUAUUGCGCCAACUGAAGUCCGAGCAGCAUCGUGUGCUAAUAUUUACGCAAAUGACAAAAAUGUUGGAUGUUCUAGAGGCGUUUCUUAACUAUCACGGCCACAUCUAUUUGCGGCUAGAUGGCUCGACGCGUGUCGAACAGCGACAAGUACUAAUGGAGCGCUUCAACGGUGACAAACGCAUUUUCUGCUUCAUCUUGUCUACGCGCUCCGGUGGCGUAGGUAUUAAUUUAACCGGCGCAGAUACUGUGAUAUUUUACGAUUCCGAUUGGAAUCCAACAAUGGAUGCGCAAGCGCAAGAUCGUUGCCAUCGUAUUGGGCAAACACGUGAUGUACAUAUAUAUCGGCUGGUGUCGGAUAAGACAAUCGAAGUGAACAUCCUCAAGAAAGCGAAUCAGAAGCGGAUGCUCAGUGAUAUGGCGAUCGAAGGUGGCAACUUUACAACAACAUAUUUCAAGAGUUCCACCAUCAAAGAUCUCUUCAAUUUGGAACAAGCUGAGCAAGAUGACUCACCUGCAGCGAAUGGUAGUCGCGUGGAGAAACCAACGACUUCGUCAGCUGGGGCUGCAGCAAUAGUUAGUGAGUUGGGCACUGAAAUUGAAACGGAGAAACAGUCUCUGCGUGCUUUUGAGAGCGCAUUGGCCGCUGCUGAGGACGAGCAGGAUGUACAGGCAACAAAAACGGCAAAGGCAGAGGCAGCGGCCGAUUUGGCAGAAUUCGAUGAAACAAUUCCUAUUGAUGAGGCAACGACGGUAGACGGCGCAGCAGCGACGGAAAUGAGUAGAGCCGACUUAGAAAUGCAAAAUCUUGUAAAACAGCUCUCGCCAAUCGAACGUUAUGCAAUGCGCUUCGUAGAAGAAACCGGCGCGGCAUGGACUGCCGAACAGUUGCGUGCAGCCGAGGAGGAAAUCGAAGCGCAAAAGCGAGAAUGGGAAGCGAAUCGUUUGGCUGCAUUACAAAAGGAGGAGGAGAUGCUGAAAAAGGAGGCUGAAGCUGAUGAAAUGCUUACGUACAACCGCAAGGAUGCAAACAAUCAGAUUUGGAUAUCGGAUAAUACCAUGGAACAAAUGCCGAUGUGGUGUCCCCCUACUCCACCGCAAGAUGACAACGACAUUUACAUCGACUACUCGCUAACGUUCAUGUACGAGAUGAGUCCAAUACCUGAAUCAGAGUUACCGCCAGUCUAUAUUAAGAAAGACUACAAGCGUUCGCGUGGCGAUGCCGGCUUUCCACUGGAUGGUAGUCGGCGUCCUUUGAAAAUGCGCCGCGAGGAAAACUAUGUUGCGCCCCGUUCACUCUUCGAUCGUCCAUCGGCGGCCAUAGCGCGUAUUCGUCGAGAUCUAAAGAAUCUACGUUAUCGUGGUGUUUUUAAACCGAAUGUUCAAAUACCCGGGCUGAAACCACAAACGCCACAGAAGCAGCUGGUCGAACCGGAGGGUAUGGCCGAGUGGACCAUCUUCGAGGACAUUGUAAUCUUGCACGUUUUAGUCAAUUUGCAGGGAUUGCCUUGCAAUCUGAUGGUGCUCUCACCGGGGCACACACCCAAUUGGGAUUUGGUUUCGGAGAUUGUGAAUUUCCAAUCAAAAACAUAUCGUUCGCCGAAACAGUGUCGUUGGCGUUACGAAAUGGUCAUACAGCCGCGUGAAGAGGGCAAAUUUGUGGAGAGUCCGAAGAAGCAGAAGAAAUUAAAGACGAUGCUGAAAUCGGAAUACCUCAAGGGUCCUUUACGUUAUUUACGCACCACGAAUUUGUAUGCUAACGACAAUAACACCACAUUUACGAAAUUAAUGCGUUCGCGUUUCGAUUGCAUUAAAGCGGCAUACCUUAAGAAGGCGCCACCACCAAAGCGUCACUUUAGUACACCUAAUCUGAUGAAUCCCAAGCACAUGGAAGUGUUACAAGAGUUCGGAAUUGUGAACUACGAUCAACCGAUCUCACCGCUAAAUAUUGCCGCCAUGAAGGCAAAUAAAAUACGCGAGAAGCAGCGCAAUCAAUGCCCACCACCACCACCGCCAGCGCCGACACAAGCGGUGGCGGUGCAGCAACAACAGACUCAGCAACAGUCCACCGCCUCAGUUGCGCAAGUACAAAUACAAGAAAUGGUAGUGCAGCAGCAACAGCAAAACGCCUCUACAGGCACAACUACAGUACAACAAGCCGGCGCACUGCACACCCAACAGCUUCAAAUCCAGCACAUACCAAGCGGCAAUGUGCAAGGUGUUGCUCAGCAGCCGACGGCCACCGCGAUUGUAUUGCAACAUACCGGUGCCUUGCCGGUAACGCAUCAACAGCAAUCGGCCGGUUCCACAUCAACACAAUCUCAGCAGCAAAUAUUGCGCACGGGCAUGGGCAAUACGCAGAUUGUAAAGGCGAUAGUUGCGCCACAAUCAGGUUUGCUCACAGCUGGCCAAAUGCAGCAAUUGACGCAACAGGCGGCUGCUGCAGGCGCGCAGCACGUCCAACUGCAGCAGCAAGGAAACGUUGGUACGUCGUCGUCCGUUUCGGUGGUGCUGACCACGCCGGUGCAAACGCUGCCGUCCAGCGUGCAAUCCGCGCAGCAACAUGCACAAUCAUCUACCGCGCAAAUAGUAUCGAUAUCACCACAAACUAUAGUGUCCAGUGGGUCACAGAAUAGCGGCAGCAUUGUACAGACAAUUCCAUCUCAAUCACUACCACAAGUGGUUUCUGUAUCUCAACUCGCCACAGUGGGCACUGUUUUGACCACAUCGGCCAGCUUGCAGCCCAGCGCUACGGUGACAACACUGAACACUUCGGCGCUACGUGCCCAACGCAUUGUUGCGGCAACCGCGGGUACACUACAGGAUGUCGUACUUCAACAGCGUAGCGGCAAUCCCAGCCCAACGAUUGUGUCCAUGUCCAAUUUGGGACAGAGUGUAGCGGCCGCACAAUUUCAAGCAGCGCAGCUGCGUCUGGCCUCAAUGGCAGGAUCUUCUCAACAGGUCACAAAGGUGCCUGUCAACACUUUGCAACAGAGCGGCAAGAUUGCCGGCAACGUCGGAGGCAAUCAGCCCGCGCACAUACAACUCUAUCGCCAGCGUCAACAGCUAAAGGUACUGCAAGCCACGCCAGCUCAAGGCGGCAGUCAAACUCUCGUACAAACGGCCAGUGGACAAACAGCUCUGGUGAAUGCCGCUGGCACGAUCAUACAGGGCAGUCUCGUACAAACCGCCGGCGGUCAGGCUACAAUGCAGGUGCAAGGUCAAAAGGUCGCCGUAGCCACAGUAUCCUCGACCGGCAUGGCGGCGGGGUCAAGUGGCGGUAAUUCAACGUCAGUGGCCACGGUGCAAGUGGCGCACCAAGGCCGCACACAGUUCAUCAAGCAAGUCGGCGGGAAACAGACGAUAGCCCGGCAAGUGGGCGACGAUAUGGUGCUGGUUAAACGUCAGGUGAUUGGCGCACACCAAAAAGCGCAAGUGUUACAACAGGGACAGAUAUUCAACACCACGGGCAGUUCUGCUCAAGCUUCAGUCCAGCUACAACAACAACAGUCACAAGCUCAAGGCAGUGGCCAGCAACAGAUUCAAUCUCAGCAGCAACAAGUGCAACAGGUGACUGCGCAACAAAUAGCCACACUUGUGAAAACAUCUUCUGGAGCAGGUGUUGUACAGCAGGCAAGUAGCGGCGGCGGCGGCAGUGUUACCGUCUCAACGGGAGGCGGUCAGCAAGGCACUGUGAAUAUGGCGUUAUCGCACAUCAAACCAGGCGGCCAGAUAAAGGUGACCACCUCUAUGGCGAAUCAGGCACAAAUGCGACAACUGCAUAUGCAGCCACUGAAUAUGCCGCGCAAAAUCAAUCGCAUGACGCAGAUAGCGACGGCUGCACAGGCUGGACAGCAAGUGACCACUUCGGUGGGGCAGUCUUCAUCCGGCGCAACGGUGGUACAACAGCCCAAAGGUCCCGGCAGCGUACAGACACAGUUGGUGCAUAUACAAAAUACCAAAUCACUGCCCAGUUCUGUGACAGUACAGCAAAUACAGCAGGUGAUGCGACAACAAGGGCAGCAGGGAUCGUUAAACGCCACAGGGCUUGUGCUGAGCAAGACUAGUGUGGGCCGUGUAAUACCCGUGUCUGUGGCAUCGCAGUCGAAUCAGCGGCAAACCAUACAGGUGGUUUCGGCUGCUUCGGCUCAAGCACUCGCAGCUGGCAAUCUGCGCGCACACGUUGCCAGUGGUCAGAACAUUGCCGGUACCAUUAAGGUGGGCACCACCAGCGGCAAUCCGUCGCAGACCCAGCAGGCUAUUCAUCUCAUACAACAACAAGUAGCCGCACAACAGGGUCAACGGCAGAAUGCCAGUCCAGUGCGACUACAAACAGCUGGUGGAAAUUUGGUUGCAGUCGUGCAACAGCAAAACAUACAACAACAGCAGCAACAAAAUAUUGCCUCAUCCAGUAUUGUCAGCUCGUCGGGGGCAUCGCAGGGCGAGGUGAUGACCAUAACACAAACGGUUGCCACAUCCAGUGGCGGUGGCGGCCAGCAGCAACAGCAACAAACACAACAGGCUACAGCGCAACAGGUGCGCACAUUGGUGAAGAAGAAAAUCAUGCAAAUACGUAGUGAAAAAGAAUGAAUGCUUACCAUAGAUGGAAGAAGAGUAAUCUUUCUUUUAGUUAUUACAAAAAAGAAAGUGCUGAUUGUAACAGCGUCUACAAUUGGCCCUAAAAAAUCUAAGAGUAUUAUAUUCUUAAUCGUUAUUAUUAGUUCUAAAUAUUAAUAAUUAAACUACGUAAUAUAAUACGUUUGUAUGGAGUAGAAUAUAGAUGUAUGUAUGUGUAAUAUACUGCUAAUCAAUAUGAUAUUAACGUAAUUUGUAUCUUGUUAAUUAUCUACUAUCAUAAAUUCCUCAUGUUUCCAUAAUUUAACAUUAAUAAUAAUAUUUACAAUUAAAAACAAAAAUCGCUCAUAAACUGUACUUAUAAUUUUAAGCUAAUAAUUUUUAAUUCAAAAUUACAUUUUAAGCGUUUGUAAUAGCAUAAUGUGGUAAGCAGUACAUAAUUAUUCCCAAACUAAUUUAAUUAAAUGU